CAAGCAUGUGCUGAAUUGCUGAUUCUGAUACAGAAGCGAAUUUUUUCAUAGAACAAGUGAUUUCUUAAAAAUUAGGUAAUCAGUAAUGAAGUUAACUUUAGUUUUAUUACGACGGAAUCGUAUGCCAAAUGGCAACAUAUUCAGAGGAAAAGAACGUCUAGUAAAACAAGUUGAACCAAAACAUUUACGUCGUAUUAAAGAAGAUUUUGCCAUUGAGGAACAAAAUAUGCUUUAUUUACGUUUCCCCUAUUUGUCCGAGGCCGAAAGUUUUGGACACACAAAAGCUUUAGGAAAACAUGAAAUGAGAAAAGAAAUGCUCAAUGACAAGAAUAGAAGAAUAUUUAAACAAGAUGUAACAUUAUAUGAACGAUUACAGCACCUAAGAAUCGGCGAAAAAUGGGAGUAAAUUAUUGAAUGAAAUGUAAUUUUAGUAUAAAUUAGUUUUAAUAAAUUUAUUCAGUAGAA